UUGGGCCGAGUUUGGUCUUUAAUUGUUUUCUAAAUACAGAACGCCUCUAAUUACACGUAAUCCGAAAAAUACACAUGGCAGAGAAGCUGAAGCUUCUGCUUUCAGUUCCACUCCCACAGUACCAUUUUCACUGUUCGAGACCACUUUCAUCGUUUUCACGCACAACCCAAUUCAGGGUAAGAAUGGCCUCCACUGAACCAGUUGGGACCAAAAUCAAAACCAUUGAUUCCCAUCUUCAUGUAUGGGCAUCUCCUGAAGAGGCUGCGGAUAAAUACCCAUACUUUCCAGGCCAAGAACCCACUUUACCUGGAAAUGUUGAUUUUUUGGUCCAGUGUAUGGAAGAAGCAGAUGUUGACGGUGCAUUAAUUGUGCAGCCCAUUAAUCAUAAGUUUGAUCAUUCUUUGGUGACAAGUGUGCUGAAAAAGUAUCCAACCAAAUUUGUCGGAUGUUGCCUUGCAAAUCCUGCUGAAGAUGGCAGUGGAAUUAAGCAUCUUGAACAGCUUGUUUUAAAGGAUGGUUAUCGGGCUGUUCGAUUUAAUCCAUAUUUAUGGCCAUCUGGUCAAAAGAUGACAAAUGAAAUUGGAAAGACAUUGUUUGCUAAGGCUGGAGAGCUUGGAGUACCAGUGGGUUUCAUGUGUAUGAAGGGUCUCAGUCUUCAUAUAUCAGAAAUAGUGGAACUAUGUACAGAAUUUCCAUCAACAGUUGUCUUGCUUGAUCAUUUGGCUUUCUGCAAACCACCAGAAAAUGAUGAAGAGAGUAAGGCAUUCACUGAGCUUUUAGAACUAUCCAGAUUCCCGCAGGUUUAUGUAAAAUUAAGUGCCCUUUUCAGGGUUUCAAGAAAGUCAUUUCCAUACGAGGAUUUAUCCCAACCCCUGUCCCAAGUCGUCUCUAGAUUUGGAGCUAACCGUGUGAUGUGGGGAAGUGACUUUCCAUUUGUUGUUCCUGAGUGUGGUUACAAAGGAGCUAAAGAAGCCGUGUCUCAUAUUUGCAAUCAAGUUCCUUUAUCUGCUAUCGAGUUGGAGUGGAUCAUGGGAAGAACAAUCAUGCAGCUUUUUCAAAGUCAUUGGCUUCCAUGAACAACUUUAUUAAGUGUGAAACUUCAAAACAUUUGACUUUCAAAAAUGUAUUGAGGAUUUGUAAUUCUGCUUACCAAACGUACCAAGUAAAUUAUUUUUACUAUUCUUACA